CCGCCCGCCGCAGGCAGCGCCGGGCGGCGGAGGAGGCGGCGGGAGCGCGGCUGCGGGAGCGCGGGUGCGGGAGCGGGAGCGGGAGCGCGGGCGGUGCCGCUGCGACUGUUUAUCUGAGAAAAGAUGGCAGAUCCUUGGCAAGAAUGUAUGGAUUAUGCAGUUACUUUAGCAAGGAAGGCUGGGGAGAUAAUCCGUGGGGCACUCAAAGAAGAAAUAUCUGUUAUGACUAAAAGUUCACCAGUAGAUCUAGUGACAGAAACUGAUCAAAAAGUAGAAACCUUCAUUAUUUCUUUGAUAAAAGAAAAGUAUCCUUCUCACAGCUUCAUUGGAGAAGAAUCUGUUGCCGCUGGGCAGGGCAGCAUUUUGACAGAUAACCCCACGUGGAUUAUUGACCCUAUUGACGGAACUACCAACUUCGUACACAGGUUUCCAUUUGUGGCAGUUUCAAUUGGCUUUGUUGUAAACAAAAAGAUUGAAUUUGGCAUUGUGUAUAGUUGUAUAGAAGACAAGAUGUACACUGCCAGAAAAGGAAAAGGUGCAUUUUGCAAUGGUCAAAAGCUUCAAGUAUCAGGCCAAGAAGACAUUACCAAAUCCCUUUUAGUAACAGAAUUGGGAUCAAAUCGUGAUCCAGAGACCAUAAAAAUUAUUCUAUCUAACAUGGAAAGACUUCUCAGUAUUCCUAUUCAUGGGAUUAGAGCCGUUGGUACAGCAGCUGUGAACAUGUGCCUUGUGGCAACAGGUGGGGCAGAUGCCUAUUAUGAAAUGGGAAUUCACUGCUGGGAUAUGGCAGGGGCUGGAAUCAUUAUUACUGAAGCAGGUGGAGUACUGCUAGAUGUAUCAGGUGGACCAUUUGAUUUGAUGUCUCGAAGAAUAAUUGCAGCAAGUAGUCGAGCUAUAGGAGAGAGAAUAGCCAAAGCACUUCAAAUAAUUCCUCUGAAAAGGGAUGAUGCACAGAACUGAAUACCAAAACUACACCUUAAAUCUAACUAUAUAAUGUUGUCUCAUACUCCCAUAUUGUGGUGGUUCUACACUGUGAACCUGAUAAAAAAUAGAUAAAUCGAUGGUAGCCUUUAAUGCUGGUGUGACUGCUAAGUAGUGUUUUGAGAUAGGACCAACAUUCUAAAUUAUCUCUUAUUGUUGAGAAUUUAAUUUAACAUCACAAUUACAUAAAGAUCUAUAAAAAUAAGCAAAUAUAUGCAACUAAUUUUUUUCAGUUUUUAUACUAUGCUGAAAGGCAUAGAAAGAGACUUUUAAUGUCUAGAUAAAUACAAAUCUCUAGUUCUAAAAGUGACAAAAUUUAAUCUCAAAGCACCAAUUCAUCACAUCUUACGCUGAACCCAAAAAGAUGAAGGCAUUACUUGUUGAUGCAGCCUCACUUUCAUCUGUUGUUUUCUUAAGUGUCUUCAAUGUAUCCAUUUCCUUACCUUGUUAAAGAUUUUAUAGAGGUAGCUCACACAUUUCCAAACGUUUUUCAGUUGCUUGUAAUUUUGGCUCUAAUUUAAAACCUUUAUUACUUGUCAUUGGUUUUGUAGUCAUCAUCCUGUCUUUCUCAUGGUAGAUAAACACAAUCUCUUAUGUGGCCAGUAUGCUUUCAGUUUCAUUACAGUUGCAAAAAUAGUAGUUAUUGUGCAUCUCCCAGAAAUAAGUUCUGAGCCCACCUUCUAUCACUAAAUGGAUUUACUCUUAAGAAUUAUUUGCAUUUGACUAUUGGAAUCAGCUGAUACUAGGUCCUUUAUCUUACUCUUGGUAGUUAUAAUUCUGUUAAUUUUGCUUGAGUUUCUCCAUGAAUGGGUGUGUUUUGAAGAUUAAGGAAUCAUUAAAAUCCAAGAGAGUUUUCAGUAACUCAACUGGCAGAAAAAUAAGCCCAUAGUCCAGAUUUUUUCCAUAAUGUUCUGUAAGUUAUGAAAGCAGAUUUCCAUUGUGUUACAGACUAUACAGGCACAGAGGAAGAUACAUAUCUGAACCUUACGGGUUUAUAAAUCUUAAGACAUAAUUAGUAUUUUAAUUCUUGGUGUGAGCUGCUCUAAACCUCAAAAAACUGUAUUGGUUCCUCGAAUUUUUUGUGUUUAGGAUUGUUAAAAGUAUCAGUGUACUGUUCAAAUAAUGCACUUUAAAAAAUAAUUAAAUUAGAUCAGUUUUUAAACUGAUUUUUCCAUGUCUAAAGUUUCAUAAAGAAAGUUGUCUCAUUGGUGGUCCAGUCAAGACACAGCAAUGCUUUGAAAAACCUGAGUUUUUGUACUGCUGUCUCACUGUUUUUAAUCUGGAAGAUGCUGUUCUCUAUCUUGACGUUUCAGCAGAUCUCUUAUUGUAAAUUUCAGUGAUUUAUAUCAGUUGAUUUUUUUGCAGAUUUUGCAGAAAUACUUAAUUUGAAGUUGUAUCUGAUGCCAGAUGAUUAACAUUAGUGAGAUCACCCUGCUAUUUAAAGGUCUUGUAAAAAAGCCAAACUUAGGUUCGUUUACUUUUUAAAUUUCCAUUGACAUGGAUAGAAACUCCUUGAGCAUUUCACUGUAACUAUUGCUGUAAUUGAUGUGGUAUCACCAUUAUUUCUUGAGAAGUAUGUAUACUGAACCAUUUCUGUGGCUUUUGUACAACAAAUUCUGCAUAAUGUUUUUAAACUGAUUUAUUUGUGAAAUGGGCACGUCUACAAAUAAUUGAGAUGGGAGAACACAUUGGAAAUAAAUAUGCUUUAGCAGUA